UCACCCUCCAGGCAGCUACACCCGGGGUUUUUCUUUUCACACCCGCUCUCUUGUGCCUGAACUGCGGAAGAACAGCCCAUCAUGCCCGGACUUCUGCUCGGGGACGAGUUCCCCAACUUCGAGGCCGACACCACCAUCGGCCGGAUCAAGUUACACGACUUCCUGGGCAGCUCAUGGGGCAUUCUGUUCUCCCACCCGAAGGACUUCACUCCCGUCUGCACCACCGAGCUCGCCUGCGCCUCCAGGGUCAGCGACGAGUUCGAGAAGCGAGGCGUGAAGAUGAUCGCCCUGUCCAUCGACAGCGUGGAGGACCACCGCAACUGGAGCAAGGAUGUGAUGGCGUUCAACGACGCGACCGAAACCACCCUCCCGUUCCCCAUCAUCGCCGACGACAAGCGGGAGCUGUCGGUCCAGCUCGGCAUGCUGGACCCCGACGAGAUGGACAGUGAGGGGCUGCCGCUCACCGCCCGCUGCGUCUUUGUGAUUGGCCCAGACAAGAAGCUGAAGCUGUCCAUCCUCUACCCGGCCACCACGGGGAGGAACUUCGACGAGCUGCUCCGAGUUAUCGACUCUCUGCAGCUCACUGCGCGGAAGAAGGUGGCCACGCCCGUCAACUGGAAGCCGGGCGAGGAGGUCAUGGUCAUCCCGUCGCUCUCUGAGGCCGAAGCCACCGUUCUCUUCCCCAACGGCGUGACCUCCAAAGAGCUGCCUUCUGGGAAGAAUUACUUGCGCUACACCCAGCCCUGAAGAGACACAACAAUCUGCUCUAGUUUACAGCUCUUUUCAAUAAAAAAAAAGAAAUUGGAAAUCCUUGAAAUGAUAAUUCUCACAGAGAACUGACCUAAAGCAUUGGAGGCACUUCAUCUGCAAUGAGCCGUAUAUCUAUAUCUAUAUAUAAAUGUUAGUGUAAUUUUGCCUUGUUUUCUUCAAUAAACACACUUUUUACACAUGU